CAUGAAGAUAGAAAUAAAGUGAUUUUGCUGUAGUUUUGAUGGAAAGUAAUCCUAACAGAGGGUUUCUCUUCACAGGUGAGCAGGAUGAAUCUGUGUGCAAGUCGUACAUCACCCAAAUCAAAAACCUGCGUCUGCAGAUCGAAGACUGUGAGUCUCGAACGGUGGCUCGUAUCCGACAGCCUGUGGAUAAAGAUCCGCUCAGAGACUGCAUUCAGAAAACUGCUGACCAGAAGAAGUUGCAUGUGGAGCUGGACGGCAUCAAGAAGAACCUGGAUAAAGUGUCUGAGAAAGCGGAGGAGGUGCUGUCCUCCGCAGAUCAGUCCAGCGCUCCAGUCCUGCGCUCAGAGCUGGACAUCACCCUGCAGAAGAUGAAUCAAACCUAUAGCCUGUCCUCCGUCUACCUGGAGAAGCUUAAGACAAUAGAGGUGGUGAUCCGCAACACACAAGGGGCAGAAGAUGUUGUGAAGAAAUAUGAGAAUCGCCUGCGUGAGGUUCACACAGUUCCUACAAACGUACAGGAGGUGGAGAAUUACUGCUCGGAGCUCAAGACGAUGCGUGCGGACGCAGAGAAGCAGCGGCCGGUGUUCGACGAUAUGGAGGGUGAGCUGGCCAAGGCCUCAGCGGUCAGCCAGCGGAUGGUCCAGAUCCACACGGAGCGGGACGCUGAGCUGGAGCACUACAGACAGAUGCUGGGCAGCCUGCAGGAGCGCUGGCGGGCAGUCUUCGCCCAGAUGGACCUGCGGCAGCGGGAGCUCGAGCAGCUCGGCCGGCAGCUGGGCUACUACAGGGAGAGCUAUGACUGGCUCAUCCGCUGGAUUGCAGAUGCUAAACAGCGGCAGGAGAAGAUCCAGGCUGUGCCUAUAAUAGACAGCAAGACACUCAAAGAACAACUAGCACAGGAGAAGAAACUUCUGGAAGAAAUUGAGAAAAACAAAGAGAAAGUUGACGAGUGUCAGAAAUAUGCCAAAAACUACAUCGAUACCAUUAAGGACUAUGAACUCCAAUUGGUUGCCUACAAAGCUCAAGUGGAACCUCUGACUUCUCCUUUGAAGAAAACCAAGAUGGAGUCUGCCUCUGAUAACAUCAUUCAAGAGUAUGUAACUCUGAGAACCCGCUAUAGUGAACUGAUGACUCUGACCAGUCAGUACAUCAAGUUCAUCACAGACACCCAGCGCCGCCUGGAGGACGAGGAGAAAGCUGCUGAGAAACUUAAAGCAGAAGAGAGGAAAAAAAUGGCUGAAAUGCAGGCAGAGUUAGACAAACAGAAGCAGCUAGCUGAAGCUCAUGCCAAGGCCAUUGCCAAAGCGGAGAAAGAGGCACAAGAGCUCAAGCUCAUGAUGCAGGAGGAGGUUAGCAAGCGAGAGUUUGUUGCAGUGGAUGCUGAAAGGCAAAAGCAGAACAUCCAGCUGGAGCUGCAUGAGCUCAAAAACCUCUCUGAGCAACAGAUAAAAUCAAAGAGUCAGCAAGUGGAGGAGGCUCUGCAAAGUCGGGUCAAAAUAGAGGAGGAGAUCCGUAUCAUAAGACUUCAGUUGGAAACUACGAUGAAGCAGAAAUCCACUGCACAGGAUGAGCUGAUGCAGCUUAGAAGCAAAGCUGCUGAGGCAGAGAGACUUCGCAAAGCUGCUCAGGAGGAGGCCGAGAAACUUCGCAAGCAAGUUAACGAGGAGACCCAGAAGAAGCGGAUGGCAGAGGAAGAGUUAAAACUGAAGUCUGAAGCAGAGAAAGAGGCUGCCAGGCAGAAGCAAAAAGCUUUGGAUGAUCUUGAUAAGCUCAAGAUGGAGGUGGAGGAGGCUGAGAGACACAUGAAGCAGGCGGAGAUUGAGAAAGAGCGACAAAUCAAACUCGCUCAAGAUGCCGCUCAGAAAAGUGCAUCAGCUGAGCUGCAGAGCAAGCGCAUGUCCUUCGUCGAAAAGACAUCCAAACUGGAAGAGUCACUCAGAGAGAAGCACGGGACUGUCAUUCAACUGCAGGAGGAAGCAGAACGCCUCAAAAAGCAGCAGGAGGAGGCAGACAAGGCAAGGGAGGAUGCUGAGAAAGAGCUUGAAAAAUGGAGACAAAAAGCCAAUGAGGCUCUUCGCCUAAGGCUCCAGGCGGAGGAAGAAGCCCACAAAAAGACUCUUGCACAGGAAGAUGCUGAAAAACAGAAAGACGAGGCUGAGCGUGAGGCUAAAAAACGGGCCAAAGCUGAAGAGUCUGCCCUGAAACAGAAAGACAUGGCUGAGCAAGAGCUCGAGCGGCAGAGGAAGCUGGCUGAAAGCACAGCACAGCAGAAGCUCUCUGCCGAACAUGAGCUGAUUCGCUUGAGGUCUGAUUUUGAUCAUGCCGAGCAGCAGAGAUCCCUGCUUGAAGAUGAACUAUACCGUCUUAAGAGUGAGGUCAGUGCUGCAGAGCAGCAGCGCAAGCAGCUUGAAGAUGAGCUUUCCAAAGUUAGAAGUGAAAUGGAGUUGCUUUUGCAGCUUAAGUCUAAAGCUGAAAAAGAUAGCAUGUCUACCACCGAAAAGAGCAAACAACUCUUGGAAGCUGAAGCUGGUAAACUGAGGGAUCUUGCAGAUGAAGCAGCCAAGCUUCGUGCCAUUGCUGAAGAGGCUAAAAGGCAGAGGCAGGUGGCUGAGGAGGAAGCUGCACGACAGAGAGCAGAAGCAGAAAGAAUUCUCAAGGAGAAACUUGCUGCCAUUAAUGAAGCUACUCGCUUGAAAACCGAGGCAGAAAUAGCUCUUAAAGAAAAGGAGGCCGAAAAUGAACGUUUGCGAAGGAAAGCUGAAGAUGAGGCUUACCAGAGAAAGGCUCUUGAAGAUCAGGCAAGCCAACACAAGCAAGACAUUGAGCAAAAGAUCAAUCAGCUCAAGAAAUCCUCUGAAGUUGAAUUAGAUAGACAGAAAACAAUUGUGGAUGAAACUCUUAAACAGAAAAGAAUAGUUGAAGAGGAGAUUCGCAUCUUGAAACUUAACUUUGAGAAGGCUUCAUCUGGCAAGCUUGAUUUGGAGCUUGAACUAAAUAAGCUGAAGAAUAUUGCAGAUGAAACGCAACAAAGCAAACUGCGAGCAGAAGAGGAAGCUGAAAAACUACGUAGGCUUGCCCUCGAGGAGGAAAAUAGAAGAAGGGAGGCUGAAGAAAAACUAAAAAAGAUUACUGCCGCAGAACAGGAGGCAGCUCGACAGCGCCAAGCUGCCCAAGAAGAAGUAGAGCGCCUCAAGAAGAAAGCCGAUGAGGCUAGAAAGCAAAAAGAAGAUGCUGAUAAAGAAGCGGAGAGGCAAAUAUAUGCUGCCAAAGAGGCUGCAGAGAAAGCAAUUACAGCUGAACAGCAAGUCCAGAGUGUUCUUGUUCAGCAGAAGGAGGACAGCCUGGUACAGAAAAGGCUCAAAGAGGAGUUUGAGAAAGCCAAAAGGCUUGCCCAAGAGGCAGAAAAGGCCAAAGAAAGAGCAGAGAAAGAGGCUGCCCUCCUCCGUCAACAAGCAGAAGAUGCAGAGCGUCAGCGCCAGACUGCUGAGGUUGAGGCAACCAAUCAGGCGAAAGCCCAAGAGGAGGCUGAGAGACUUCGAAAGGAGGCAGAGCUAGAGGCAGAAAAGCGAGCCCAAGCUGAGGCAGCAGCACUGAAACAAAAACAGAUAGCUGACGAAGAGAUGGCUAGGCACAAGAAGCAUGCAGAGCAGACACUUAAGCAGAAGUCUCAGGUGGAGCAAGAGCUUGCUAAAGUUAAACUGCGGUUAGAUGAGACCGAUAAACAGAAGAGUGUUCUAGAUGAAGAGCUUCAUCGCCUGAAGGAUGAGGUCGGUGACGCUGUUAAACAGAAAGCCCAGGUAGAGGAGGAACUAUUCAAAGUCAAGAUUCAAAUGGAGGAGCUCAUUAAACUCAAGCUCAGAAUUGAGCAAGAGAAUCAGCGUCUCAUGCAGAAGGACAAAGAUAAUACUCAAAAAUUCUUGGCUGAUGAGGCUGAGAACAUGAAAAAGCUGGCUGAGGAGGCUGCCAGGCUCAGCAUUGAGGCCCAAGAGACUGCUCGCAUGAGACACAUUGCAGAGACUGACCUUGCUGAGCAGAGAGCGCUUGCCGAAAAGAUGCUUAAAGAAAAGAUGCAAGCCAUUCAGGAGGCAUCUAAGCUUAGAGCAGAGGCAGAAAUGCUACAGAGACAGAAGGACCUUGCUCAAGAGCAAGCUCAAAGGUUGCUUGAAGACAAACAACUGAUGCAGCAACGGCUCAAGGAGGAAACUGAAGGCUUCCAGAAAUCAUUGGAGGCUGAACGCCGAAGACAGUUGGAUAUAACAGCUGAGGCAGAGAGACUUAGACUUCAGGUGUCCCAGCUCAGUGAUGCACAGUCUAGAGCUGAGGAUGAAGCCAAGAGGUUUAAGAAGCAGGCAGAUGAUAUUAGUGCACGGCUUCAUGAGACAGAGCUUUCCACCAAAGAGAGAAUGACAGUUGUUGAAAAAUUGGAAAUACAACGAUUGAGCAGUACCAGAGAAGCUGAUGACUUACGCAAAGCCAUUGCUGAUCUUGAGAACGAGAAGGCAAAAUUGAAAAAAGAUGCUGAAGAUUUACAGAAAAAGUCUAAAGAGAUGGCUAAUGCUCAGCAAGAACAAAUUAAACAGGAGAAAACAAUCCUUCAGCAGACAUUUAUGUCGGAAAAGGAGAUGCUGUUGAAGAAGGAAAAACAAAUAGAGGAUGAAAAGAAGAGGUUAGAGAGCCAAUUUGAAGAGGAGGUCAGAAAAUCAAAAGCCCUAAAAGAUGAGCAAGAACGCCAAAGAAAACAAAUGGAGGAUGAAAAGAUAAAACUCAAGGCCUUUAUGGAUGCUGCUCUGAUAAAACAAAAAGAGGCUGAAAAAGAGAUGUUCAACAAACAAAAGGAGAUGCAAGAGCUUGAAAGGAAAAAGCUUGAACAAGAAAGGAUGCUUGCUGAGGAAAACCAACAACUGCGCGAGAAGCUUCAACAGCUCGAGGUUGCUCAAAAAUUCACCCAGGAGAUUCACAUCCAGACAGAUUACAAGAAAGUCCUCAAUGGUCAAAGUAUUGAAGUUGACGGCACACAGGGUUAUCCUGGAUUAUCUUUCGAUGGAAUUCGUGAGAAAGUGCCUGCAAGCAGACUGUUUGACAUAGGACUUUUAAGCAAAGUGGAUUAUGAUAAGCUCCAGGGUGGUGACACUACUGUCCAAGAACUUAGCAAGACAGACAAACUUAAAACAAUUCUCAAGGGCAAUAACUGCAUCAGUGGCUUGCUUGUUCAUCCAAAUAAAAAAAUGCCUAUCUAUCAAGCCAUUAAAGAAAAGAAGAUUGCUCCUGGUACUGGGCUAGUGCUGCUAGAGGCACAGGCUGCUUCUGGAUACAUAAUCGACCCAGUUAAAAACAAGAAACUCUCUGUCAAUGAGGCAGUUAAGGAGGGUUUAAUUGGACCUGAACUACACAACAAGAUGCUGUCUGCAGAGAAAGCUGUCACUGGUUACAAAGAUCCAUACACAGAGGCCAAGAUCUCCCUCUUUGAAGCUCUGAAGAAAGGUCUCAUAGGGCAGGAUCAUGCUAUCAGAUUGCUGGAUGCUCAGAUAGCAACAGGUGGCAUCAUUGAUCCCAUCAAUAGUCAUCGUGUGCCAGCUGAAAUAGCCUAUAAGCAGAGUCAGUUUGAUGCAGCCACCAAUAAAAUUCUACAAAAUCCAACUGAUGACAUGAAGGGAUUCUACGAUCCAAACACAGAAGAAAAUCUGACAUACAGUCAGCUAAUGGAAAGGUGUAUCGCUGAUCCAGAAACAAGUCUGCUUCUUUUGCCCAUCUCCGAGGAGGCUGCUCAAAAUGCCAGAAUAUUCACUGAUGAGGAAACAAGAGAUGUGUUUGACAAGACAACAGUGUCUGUGCCAUUCGGCAGAUUUAAAGGAAAGACUGUUACCAUCUGGGAGAUAAUAAACUCUGAGUACUUCACAGAGGACCAGAAAAAAGACCUCAUCCGCCAGUACAAAACUGGUAGGAUUACAGUUGAAAAGAUCAUCAGAAUUGUCCUAACUGUGGCAGAGGAAAAAGAGAAGAAGAAUGAGAUUGCCUUUGAUGGCCUGAGAUCACCAGUGCCUGCUGCAAAGCUUCUUGAAUCCAAAGUUAUUGACAAAGACCUCUAUAACAAGUUACAGAAAGGACAACUGCUUGUCAAAGAUGUGUCAGAGAUGGAGCAUGUGCGAAAUGCGUUGAAAGGCACUCACUGCAUUGCAGGAGUAAUUGUUGACUCAACCAAACAAACAAUGUCAUUUUAUGAUGCCAUGAAAAGUGACAUGAUGAGACCUGGCCCUGCUCUUCAUCUCUUGGAAGCACAAGCUGCCACAGGAUACAUCAUAGAUCCUGUUAAAAACCAAAAACUUACAGUAGAUGAGGCUGUCAAAGCAGGUGUUGUCGGACCUGAGCUUCAUGAAAAACUACUGUCUGCAGAGAGAGCUGUCACUGGUUACAAAGAUCCCUUUGCUGGUAAAACAGUGUCCCUAUUUGAGGCUAUGAAGAAAGAUCUGAUAUUGAAAGACCAGGGAAUUAGACUGCUUGAUGCACAACUGGCAACUGGAGGAAUCAUUGAUCCUGUCGAAAGUCACCGUGUUCCACAUGACGUUGCCUGCACGAGGGGCUGUUUUGAUGAUGCAACCCAGAAGUUUUUGAGCAGCCCAACUGAUGAAGUUAAAGGAUACUUUGACCCAAACACACAGGAAUAUGUUACUUAUCCACAGCUCUAUAAAAGAUGUGUCACUGACAAAAAGACUGGCCUUAAGCUUCUGCCUUUGUCCGAACAAGCCAUCAAUGCCAAAGAAGAAAUGAAAUACACUGAUGCCCAGACCAAAGAUGCAAUGACUCAGGCGACUGUUGAGGUUCAAAGUGGACCUUUCAAAGGAAGAAAAGUUACCAUAUGGGAGCUCAUUAACUCUGACUAUCUUACAGAAGAGCAAAGACUUGACUUAAUAAGACAAUACCGAUCGGGUAAGAUGACUAUUGAGAAGAUUACAAAGAUUUUAAUUGUAAUUGUCUCUGAGAAGGAUGCCAAGAAACAAGAAGAGGGUUGCUUUAAGGGACUUAGGGCUCCUGUUCCAGCCAAGUCAUUAUUUGACUCCAAAAUCAUUGACAAGCCAACCUAUGAUUUGCUAGAACAAGGUAAAAAGACUCCAAAAGAAGUCAGCAAAGACACUUCGGUCAGCAAGUAUCUCCAAGGCACAGAGAGCAUUGCUGGGGUCUACCUUGAGCCUACAAAGGAGAAAGUUAGCAUAUACCAAGCAAUGAGAAAGAAAUUCCUUAGACAGAACACAGGUAUUGCAUUACUUGAAGCUCAGGCUGCCACAGGGUUUAUUGUGGAUCCAUCAAGAAAUGAAUGUCUCACUGUGGAUGAUGCAGUUAAAGCAGGCAUUGUUGGUCCAGAGCUUCACGAGAAGCUUCUCUCUGCUGAAAAAGCUGUCACUGGAUAUAAAGACCCAUUCACAGGAAAUAAGAUCUCUCUGUAUCAAGCCAUGGACAAAGACCUUGUCCUCAAAGAGCAUGCCAUGCCACUCUUGGAGGCACAGUUGGCAACUGGUGGAAUUAUCGAUCCAGUAAACAGUCAUCGUCUUCCUGUUGAGACUGCAAUCCAGCGUGGAUAUGUUACCAAACAGCUAGCCAGCAGCAUUGCUGAAAGCAAGUACUUCUCUGACCCUGCAUCUGAUGAGAACAUAUCAUACAAGCAACUAAAAGACAAGUGUAUUGCAGAGCCUGAUACAGGCUUAAAUCUACUAAAGCUUUCCAAACCACAGGCCCCAACAGUGGUGGAAAAGACAUACCUUUACAGCGAAGAACAAACCCAGAGUGAUCUAUCAACUACUCAAAUUGAUCUACCAAUUGAAGGUCAGGGCUCUAUGUCUCUUUGGGAUGUCAUGAAUUCAAAUCUACUCCCUGAGGAACAGAGAGCCCAGCUUUUGGAAGAAUAUCGUUCUGGCAAUAUAACAAAGGAACGGAUGAUAAUCAUUAUAAUUGAGAUUCUGGAGCAGAGAGAAGUAAUUAAAGGGGGGAACUUCCAGACUGGUGGCACAAGAAGACGUCAAAUCACUAUUGAAGAUCUCUACAAUGCUCGCAUCAUUGACCUUGAGACCUACAACAUGUUGAAAAAAGAGAAAAAGACUAUGCGUGAUGUUAUGGAGAUGCAAAGUGUUAAGCGUUACUUGUAUGGAACUGGCAGUGUUGCUGGAGUGGUGACUGAUUCAAAUUCUAAGAUCAGCAUUUAUCAAGCAAUGAAGAGAGAGAUGUUGAAGCCAGAGAUUGCAAUUGGUCUCUUGGAAGCCCAGGCAGCCACUGGAUUCAUCGUUGACCCUGUCAGGAAUGAAAUGCUUACCGUAGAUGAAGCAGUGCGCAAGGGUGUGGUGGGCCCAGAAUUUCACGAUAAACUCCUGUCUGCAGAAAGAGCAGUCACUGGCUAUAAGGAUCCAUAUAGUGGAAAGGUUAUCUCCCUUUUCCAAGCAAUGAAAAAGGGCCUUGUCCCUGAGGAUUAUGCCCUAAGGUUACUCGAAGCGCAAACAGCAACUGGCGGAAUCGUUGACCCAGAGUAUAAUUUCCAUCUGCCAACAGAAAUUGCCACACAACGUGGAUACAUCAACAAAGAAACCAAUGAAAAGCUGUCUGAUGAGGUUCAAGGAUAUGUAGAUCCAUUAACUGAUGAAAAGAUGUCAUACGCUCAGCUUCUGAAAAGAUGCAAGGUUGACAAAGAUGGGCUGCAUCUGUUGUCUCUGGCAGACAGAAGGUUACUCUUUAGGGGUCUCCGAAAAGAAAUAACAAUAGAAGAGUUGAUCCGCUCCAAAAUCAUUGAUGAACAAACAGUCAGUGAGCUGAAUGAGGGACUGCUAACAGUGGAGGAGGUGAGCAAUAGAUUGCGGAAAUAUCUACAGGGCUCAAGCUGCAUUUCUGGCGUGUUUGUUGAGUCUUCUAAAGACCGUCUAUCUAUCUACCAAGCCAUGAAAAAGAAUAUGAUCAGGCCAGGUACUGCUUUCGAGUUGCUGGAAGCUCAAGCAGCCACAGGGUAUAUCAUUGACCCGAUCAAGAAUCUCAAGCUAACAGUAAAUGAAGCAGUUAAGAUGGGAAUUGUUGGACCAGAGUUCAAAGACAAGCUGCUUUCCGCUGAGAGAGCUGUGACUGGGUAUAGAGAUCCCUAUACAGGCAAAAUGAUCUCACUGUUCCAAGCUAUGAAAAAGGGCCUGAUUUUGAGAGAUCACGGUAUUCGUCUUCUGGAGGCCCAGAUUGCCACAGGAGGAAUCAUUGACCCAGAGGAAAGUCACCGCUUGCCUGUUGAAAUGGCUUACAAUCGAGGGUUUUUUGAUGAGGAGAUGAAUGAGAUCCUCAAUGACCCAUCAGAUGACACCAAGGGCUUCUUUGACCCAAACACGGAGGAAAAUCUCACCUACCUGCAGCUGAUGGAAAGGUGUAUUGUAGACCCAGACACUGGUCUUGUUCUCUUGCUUCUAAAAGAAAAGAAACGUGAGAGAAAGACUUCUUCCAAGUCCUCCGUUCGCAAACGCAGAGUCGUUAUCGUAGAUCCUGAUUCAGGUAAAGAGAUGUCCGUGUAUGAAGCCUACCACAAAGGGCUAAUUGACCAUCAGACCUACCUUGAACUUUCAGAGCAAGAGUGUGAAUGGGAAGAGAUCACAAUGACAUCAUCUGAAGGGGUCGAAAAGUCUCUUCUAAUUGACAGAAGAUCAGGCCGACAGUAUGACAUUGAGGAUGCGAUCGCAAAAGGACUGAUUGAUCAGAGUGCAAUUGACCAGUACCGCUCUGGCACACUUUCCAUCACAGAAUUUGCCGAUAUGUUAUCUGGAAACAUGAGUGGCAUCCGAUCCCGCUCCUCUUCCUUUGGAUCCACCUCUUCUUAUCCGAUGAGCCCCAUACCUAGCAUCAAAACUCCCGCAACUGUAUGGAAUGAUCCAAUUGAGGAAACGGGUCCUGUGGCAGGAAUCCUUGACACAGAUAGUCUUGAAAAAAUUUCUGUUACUGAAGCCAUACGAAGGAGCGUAGUGGAUUCCAUAACUGGCCAAAGACUGUUGGAGGCACAGGCUUGCACUGGUGGCAUAAUUGACCCGUCUACUGGAGAGAAAUUUUCAGUUACCGAAGCAACAGAGAAGGGUCUUAUAGAUAAGAUUAUGGUUGACAGACUAAAUCUAGCCCAGAAAGCUUUUCAUGGAUUUGAGGAUCCUCGCACUAAAGUCAGAAUGUCUGCAGCUCAGGCUCUCAAGAAAGGCUGGCUUUAUUAUGAAGCAGGGCAGCGUUUCCUGGAGGUGCAGUAUCUCACUGGUGGCCUUAUUGAGCCAGAGGCUGAGGGACGAAUCUCCCUUGAGGAGGCAAUCAGGAAAGGUGCUAUUGAUGGCCGCACAGCCCAAAAGCUCAGAGACGUAAAUGCCUAUACUAAAUAUCUUACAUGUCCUAAAACCAAACUGAAGAUCUCCUACAAGGAUGCCAUGGACAGAAGCAUGGUUGAAGAAGGAUCUGGCAUUAGGCUUCUGGAAGCUUCAUCAACAUCAAGUAAAGGCCUCUACAGUCCUUACAAUGUCAGUGGUGCUGCAUCUGCUUCUGGCUCACGGUCUGGGUCCAGGACAGGCUCUCGUUCAGGUUCAAGAAGGGGGAGCUUCGAUGCUACUGGCUCUGGAUUCAGCAUGAACUUCUCAUCAUCCUCAUAUACUUCCUCCAGCUACAGCCGCAGUUUUAAAGCUGGACCUCAUAGCAAGCAUACCUUGUGGUCCUGCGGCUUUCAUAUCAUUACACCAGAGUUACAAAAUACACAUAAAUUAAUUAGAUUAGAUUUACUUUAUUCUGUUUUGCAUGUGUUUGGUGUAGGAAAAUGCAUUCCAAAAAUUACCAGUAUCUUUUUAUCUGGCUAUAGUCAAGUUCCCAUUUUAUGUAGUUUGGAUCCUUAGGAAUUGUUAAUUGCCUGGUCAUCUUUGAUCAUAGUUCAAGUUAUCUAAUUUAGGUUUAAUUUAGAUUAAACUGACUGCAUAUUUUUGGAAGUGAUUUUUUUCUGCUUAUUUUGUACUUAAGUGUGUCAUCUAAAUUCCGGAAUUGUUACGCAUUUUGAAACUUAUUUUUAAUCAAGUUCUGUUUAGGCUGUAAUUAAUAUUACAUAUAGUGAGCCUAUAUUUCUACAUUUUAUUUUAGAAGAAAAAUCUUUUUAUACUUUGGUUUAUUUCAGGAGAAUGUAUCAGUAAAUAUACCAAGUUUUACAAAAAAAAGAGAGAAAGAAAUCUGAUUAAUAUGGAGUGUGGUUAUUUUUACAUAUUUGUAUAGAUUUGAUAGAUGGAUAUAUUACAGACUUCUAGCCUAUUUUGCAGAUAGUUUAACAGAAUGUAACAAAAAAGACACUACACAUUACACAUAGACACUAAAUGAGGAGCAAGCACCUUGUACAACAAACCAAGAUCUCUUUAAACUGAAAUUAUGAAAGUUCAUUUACUGGAUCCAGUGCCUCUCCCAAGUCCUUUGCAAAACUACUCCAGGCUGCCUUGUAAAUGAGUCCUCCACUGAUGUGUUAUCCACUGAAGAUUUCUGAUGUCUGAUCCAUGCCUCUCUCAUAACAUCUUGACAGAUGUGGAUGAAUUGUUAGUACUUAGAUCACCUGAUACUAGAUUUGAUGAAGCCACACAUUUGGUCUUGGAUCACGAGAUAAAUGAUGUUCAUCAGCAGCCCACAUCCUCAGAGAUUCAGAUCCUCACUGAGGGUUUCCUUCUCCCAUUGCAUCUGCCAUUUGCAUGAAGUCUUUCCUUGGAUUUCAUAUCAUAUCAGGAACUGCCAGUACAUCAGCUGGGAGCUGGACUUUGGAGUUUAUUAUAAAAUAGCAAAGCACCAUUUUGGAUACAUUACAUGUUCAGUUUUAUCAAAAAUCUCAGAGAUGCAGUUUUAUUUUUUUAAGCUACACAUGAAUACAGUAUGCACAGCCUUUUACUGCAAUUCUUUAAGAUAUUAAACUAUUACAUAAUAAAAAUGUAAGCAGACUGCAUCAUUGACUGAAUAUAUUUAGGCUCAUUUAAUGUAUGGCAGUUACAUUUUUCAGAUUUCAGAUUUCCUGUGCCAAAAAAAGACAUUUUGAUUACUUGUUGCCUGCCAUGUAUUUCUUUGCUUGCUUUAUUAUUAUUAUUAUCAUUAUUAUUAAUUGUACUGUUGCAUUUUUUUUAAGUACUUGACUUUUUUUUUCCUUUUUGAUGUUGUAUAUGUAAAAUAUUUUUGCAUGUUUUACUAACUUGCUAUAAAGUAUUCUAAAAAGAUGAAGAAUAGAUUUUUGAAUUUAUCCCCAAUAAAUAAAAGAUUAUAUUAUGAGUACAAGAUGUAUGAAAUACUAACUGGUGGAUGAACUUUUCCUUGAGAGAUUCUGGUAAUAAAAAUUGAGUUUUUAAAAGUAACACUCUAUUCAAGUGUAAAUAAAUCUAUUUUGGAAACAUCA